GGAAAGUUCACCUUAGCUAACGCAAGACAUUUGAUGCAGUCAUGGUCAUACUCGCAUAUGGUGCCUUCUGUGGCGCAGUAAACUCCACGUUUGCGUUCGUCGACACUCCGGGGUAUUUUGUGCACCAAUGGGAUAUCCGCCUGCGAGAUCUCAUCCCCACGAGUUAUCACGUCCUCGUCUUCGGCGUCUGCUACUCCUUUGUGCUGCCACUGCUCAAGGUGGCCAUUCUGAUCGAUUGGUGCCGCAUGUUCGUCCCGCACGGCUCGUCGACCAGGAAUGCCUUCUGGUGGGGCUGCGUGGUGAUCAGCUUCGUGCAGAUCGGCGCCGCCGUUGCGACCAUCAUCGCCCUGAACCUCCAGUGCAUCCCGCACCAGGCCAUCUGGGACUUCACGAUUCCGAACGCCAAGUGCUUCAAGUUAUAUCACCUGCAGGUGUCCUCGGCCACCAUCCAGCUCGUGUCCGACGUUGCCAUCUUCCUGCUGCCGCAGCGUGUCAUCUGGAAGCUAAAGAUGUCUUGGAGGAAGAGGAUGGGUGUUUCGGUGAUUUUUGGUCUUGGUUUGCUGGCCUGCGUUUCGGCCGCUUUCCGUCUCGCGACAACCAUUGCAUACGGCGAGGCGCUGGAUGCCAUCUACGCACUCGGUCCCUUGGUGUUCUGGGCCACGGCGGAGAUGGCCUGCGGUUUCUUCAUCGUCUGCAUCCCUUGCUUGCCCAAGAUCCUACAACAGACCGGCGUCCUCCGCAAGAUGAAGAAGGCUCUGGGCAUGUCGACGGGCCCGACGGCCAACUCGGCACAGGCUGGCUACCACACGGGGGGCAAGUCCGGGAAUCGAAGCCGGGGGCCCAAGGUAACGAGCAGCUCUGCACAGGACUCGUACUACAAGCUGGAGGAGGACGGUAUGGCCAUGAAGGAUCUCAAGUCCGAAUCGACGGAGCACCUGCGCGAGGACCAGCAGGGCGGCAAGCUAGGCGCCCCCCGUGGUGCCGCCGCCAUCACCCGCACAACGCACAUCAUGGUCACCGAGGACCAGCGUUCGACGAGCGACGGAGGUAGCAACCCGGACAUGAACAUGUACAACCAGCAGAAGGCGCCGUGGGGUGGCUACCGGUGAGACAGGAACGGACCCACGAAGACGCCGCGUGUCGAUGGGCCGACCUGCUUGUCAACCUUGGCGCUGGGGGAACGCGAACCCAUGGAAUGCUUGGCAGUGGUGAUUUUGUUUGUGGACGACACGACAGGGCCCUAUUGUCCCAACUCACCAACAAGGCACCUGUUUGUCGGUUUGUCGUCUCGUCUUGUACAGUACACUAACGUUAAUAUCCCUGUCUAUUCGAUCGGCUCGAAUUACCUGGCUCCCGGAGUUAUGGAAGGGGACAGAAGGACAGAGCUCCCUGGGCUGGUAAAAAGUACUGUAGCUUAUAUUCAUUUGUUAGCCAUACCGGAUAUGGCUGAAGGCUUGCUGCGUAUAAUGACAUGAUCCAAGAUAAUCAAUGGGAACUGAUUCUCCUCG